AUGAUUCAAGGAAUCGACCAGCCUCAAGAGAUAUUAACUUUGGCUCGAAUUCCUGUGGGUGUUACCACUCAGUUGCAAGUUUCUGGAACAAUUGACGAUCGCAGUCUGGAGACAGAAGAACAUCCCCAAGAAGAGGAAAAUGAAGACGUCAAGUCUUUUCAACCUACGACGAUUGUACGUUUGUGCUUAGCGAUAGUGUUCAGACUCAAGAAUGUAUGCAAGCGUCAAGCUCUUAAAGAAGACGAACACGAGUACGUCAAUCAAAGAAAGACCUCGGAUUACAUAAAUAUGCAUAUGCAUCUCACCGAUUCACCCGUUUCUAACAUAUCAGUCGACAAUUCUCAAGCUUAUACACCGCUUACAAAGUCUAAAGAAGAUGACGAUGAAUACGUCAUUCCUUUAGAAAGUUCGUCGCAGGCUUACAAGAGGAGCGAACCUUCGUAUCUUUCUACAGGUACCGAAGCACAGAUUAGAUAA